CAAUAAUAUUAAUAAUAAUAACAAUAAUUAUUGUUGUAUUUACUGUAGAUUUGCAUGAUGUACCGGAGUUUGAUGUGUCUUCUUCUUCUACCCGUAAUAAUGGUGUUGUGCAAGACACGGAUAGUGCAGGUGUCCAGUAUUCGGUCUGGUCGUCAAAAACAGGCAGUCCUUAAACUUGACAACUUCAGGCAGGUGUACGCUAAUGGUGGGCAGGUGCCAUGCAAUACGCAGGUGCUGAUGCCUCCUGAUUCUGCCGCGACGUUCACCUCGCCUGAUUUCCCUCGGGGAUGUGGUUGGGUGUUUUCCGCUCUUGACGCCAACACGCAAGUCGCCAUUUCUUGCACGGAGUUCCGCUUGGGAGAAAAAAUUGGCGGGGCUUGUGUCUCUGGCGCCCUUAUCGUCUUCGUCGGCGCCGGUCAUCAUUUAUUCUGCGGUCUUUCCGGACCCCAAAGCGUAUCCGCAGAAAACGGAGUUCUUCGCGUUUUCUACAACCCAGAUUUCUCCAGCAAUUCGGGGAAAUUCAACUGUAUUGUCACUUCUGGAUCGCCGACGUCCGUAUCUACACCAGUUACUAGUCCUAUCAGCGAUACGUCUACUCGUGCUACAGAUACUCCACCUAUUUCUACUGCUGCAUCUACUUCUCUGACAACUACUUCAUCAACCUUUACUGUGACUGACACUUCAUCUAAUCCUAACGUCACUGACACUUUAUCUACAUCAACUUUUAUAGGGGCUAAUACCUCCAUUAGUGAUGCAAGUGCUGAUACUCCGUCUACUUUUGCUCUUGUUACUGAUAUUUUCCCUAAUCUUACUAUUGUAUAUACCUCAUCCACUUCAGUUGUUCCUGACACUCCAACUACAUCUACUGUUACUAACGCUUCAUCUACUAACGUUACUUACACAUCUACUACUAUUACUGACACUCCAUCUACUUCUACUGUUACUGACACUUCAUCUACUGUUACUGACACAUCUACUCCUACUGUUACUGACACUAUUAUUGUUACUGACACUUCAUCUACUAACGUUACUUACACAUCUACUCCUACUGUUACUGACACUUCAUCUAUUAACAUUACUGACACAUCUUCUUCUACUGUUACUGACACUUCUACUAACGUUACUGACACAUCUUCUUCUACUGUUACUGACACUUCGUCCACUAACGUUACUUACACAUCUACUCCUACUGUUACUGACACUUCAUCUACUAACAUUACUGACACAUCUACUUCUACUGUUACUGACACUUCAUCUACUAGCAUUACUGACACAUCUACUUCUACUGUUACUGACACUUCGUCUACUAACGUUACUGACACAUCUACUUCUACUGUUACUGACACUUCGUCUACUAACGUUACUGAUACAUCUACUGCUACUGUUACUGACACUUCGUCUACUAACGUUACUGAUACAUCUACUCCUACUGUUACUGACACUUCCUCUACUAACGUUACUGACACAUCUACUUCUACUGUUACUGACACUUCGUCUACUAACGUUACUGAUACAUCUACUCCUACUGUUACUGACACUUCCUCUACUAACGUUACUGACACUUCGUCUACUAACGUUACUGAUACAUCUACUUCUACCGUUACUGACACUUCGUCUACUAAUGUUACUGACACAUCUACUUCUACUGUUACUGACACUUCUACUAACGUUACUGAUACAUCUACUUCUACCGUUACUGACACUUCGUCUACUAACGUUACUUACACAUCUACUCCUACUGUUACUGACACUUCGUCUACUAGCGUUACUGACACAUCUACUUCUACUGUUACUGACACUUCGUCUACUAACGUUACUGACACAUCUACUUCUACUGUUACUGACACUUCUACUAACGUUACUGACACAUCUACUUCUACUGUUACUGACACUUCGUCUACUAACGUUACUGAUACAUCUACUUCUACUGUUACUGACACUUCAUCUACUAACGUUACUGACACAUCUACUUCUACUGUUACUGACAUUUUAUCUACUCUUCUUGUUACUGACACUUCAUCUACUUCCACUGAUACUGACACGUCAUCUUUUAUUGCUACUGACACUUCAUCUACUCUUCGAUUUACUGACACAUCUUCUACUGUUACUGACACUCCUACUUCCACUCUUACUGAUACUCCAUCUCAUGAUACUGACACUUCAUCUACUAACAUUACUUACACAUCUACUGUUACCGACAUUCCAUCUACUUCUACUGUUAUUGACACUUCAUCUCCUCUUCCUGUUACUAACACUCCACCUUCCACUGUUACUGACACUCCAUCUACUACUGUUACUGACAUUCAAACUACUACUGUUACUAACACUACACUCCUACUUUCCACUGUUACUAACACUUCAUCUACCACUGUUACUGACAAUUCAUAUACUUCCACUGUUACUACUGUUAUUGACAUUCCAAUUACUACUGUUACUAACACUACACUCUUACCUUCCACUGUUACUAACACUUUGUCAUUUUCUACUGUUAAUGACAACUCAUCAUCUACCACUGUUACUGACAAAGCAUCUACUGUUACUGACACUGCAUCUACUUCUGUUACUGACACUGCAUCUACUACUGUUACUGACAUUUCAACUACUGUUACUAACACUCCACAUUCCACUGUUACUCCAUCUACUUCUAUUGUUACUGACACUUCAUUUAGUUCUACUGUUACUGACACAUCAUCUACUUUUACUGAAACUUUAUCUACUACUGUUACUAACACUCAAUCUACUCCUGUUACUGACACUUCACCUACCACCAUUAACAAUACCACUUAUGCUCUCACUACUGCUAACAUCACAUUAAGCAAAUCUACCAUCAAUGUUACAUACACUUCAUUUACUUCUGAGUUAAUUUAUACUUCAACAACUGCUGACACCACCCUCGGCCAGAGAACAUGCAAAUGCGGUGUUAGGGGGAGCUCAUCUAAUCAGAGGGUGUCCGGAGGAGAAUCUGCUGGUCUGCACGAGUUUCCUUGGCACGCCGCUAUUGUUGUCAAGGACACGAUAAUUAUUUUCUGCGGCGGCGCUUUGAUCAGUGACAGAAUCGUGGUGACAUCAGCCUCGUGCAUAGUUGGAAUCUAUUUAGGAACUCUGGAAAUCCUACUGGGCGAACACAACAUCAAUACGAACCUAGACACCACAGCGACGGUGAGACGCCGCGUCAGCGCCUUCGUCACCCACCCAGACUAUAACCCUACGACGCGAGUGAACAACUUGGCCUUGUUACACUUAGAUGUUCCUUUAGAUCUCUUUGUUAGCACUGCUAUUCAGCCCGUCUGUCUCCCUGAGCCGACCGACCUGUUCGAGGAAGUUCGAGCCACCGUCACCGGAUGGGGAAGCCUCUCCACUCUACCAAUGCAUCCCUUCAUUCUGCAAAAACUGGAGAUGACAACCUUAAAAAGCUCAGACUGUGCCGCAAAAUUUUCAAGCAUCGUGACUGACAGAAUAAUCUGUGCCACCGCCGAGAAGAAGGGCCUGUGUCUGGGUGAUAACGGAGGCCCUUUGGUGGCUCAAGCGGGUGACCAGUGGGUCCUUGUAGGGAUUGCAUCCAUCAUCGGAACAUCCUGUCAUACUGGGCCCAUUACCUUCACCAGGAUAACCAGUUACUUACAAUGGAUAGUAGAGCAGAAUAGCAACGCAACUACCUGUGAAUAAUGAAAACGGCGUCAAGAGGGUGACGGCGUUUUAUGCUGUAAUUAUAAGCACUGAAGACAUUGUGGGCAUGGCAAAGGAAUACAUUUUGUAUGUGUUUGUAAUGUUUUGGUGUGUGUUUUGAACAGUCUUCAGAUGGUUUUAAUUGUUGCAGGAACAAGCUGUGAAAACAGUCUGUUGAAAGAGGAUCAACAGCAACAAUAAUAACAACAGUAACAAUAAUGAUAAUAUUGAUAACAACAGUGGUAAAAAAAAAAUAAUAAUAAUAAUAUAAACAACAACAAUAGUAAUAAUCAGUGGCGUGAUGGCCGGGGGGGCCGGAGGGGCACGGGCCCCCCCAGCGACCAGGAGUCAAGGGGCGCCUUCACCCAACACCUUUAACCAAGGGGCGCCAAAAGCCUUCCAAAACAAAAUGUAAACAAGAUGACAA